CAUAUGAUAACGCACUUACAUUUCCAAAUCAACUCUACGGUCACUGUAUGCAAGUGUUUUCCUUUCAGUUAGCUAGUUAUUCUUAGCUUGGUAGCUAUCUAAAACAGAAUCCUAAAGUAUGGCGGAUUAUUCAAAAGUGAAAACAACAAAACUUGUAUUGAAAGGAGUAAACAAGGGUAAAAAGAGAAAGCACAAGGAUAAGAAGAAGAAAACAGAUGAUGCAGAAGCGAAACCAGAUAUUGUUGGUGGGUGGUGGUGCGUCAGUUGCUUCGGGGACAUUUCAGGAACAAUUGCAAUAGAGAUGCAGCCUAAUUCCUACAUCCACGCUCUGGAUACUGGUCUGUUCACAGUUGGUGCACCACAUAAAGACGAUGAAGGGCCAGACCCUCCGGAACAGUUCACUGCCAUCAAACUGUCAGACUCUAGGGUAGCCCUGAAGUCUGGCUAUGGGAAGUAUCUGGGGAUCACCUCCGAGGGGGUCGUGGUGGGGCGUUCCGAUGCCAUCGGCUCCCGGGAACAGUGGGAGCCGGUUUUCCAGGACGGAAAAAUGGCUCUCAUGGCAUCCAAUAGCUGUUUCAUCUCCUACAGUGAAAGUGGGGACAUUGAGGCUAAGAGCAAGUCUGCAGGGAGCGACGAGAUGGUUAAGAUCCGGUCGUGCGCGGAGAGGGAGGUGAAGCGGAACGAUGAUAUCGCCGACGAGGACCGGGGCAACGUGAAGAACUGCGAGCUCAACUAUGUAAAGAAGUUCCAGAGUUUCCAGGACAGACGGCUUAGGGUGAAUGAAGAGGACAGCAUCACACUGAAAAAAGCCCGGAAAGAGGGCAAGUUCCACGAAGAGCUGUUAGACAGGAGAGCAAAGAUGAAAGCAGACCGAUACUGCAAGUGAAGCUUCAAAUGUUUAUGGAUUGUCCACAUUUCACUUUUUUUUUUCUUAUGUGAAAAUCAUAAAGGAUUUAAUUUUAUUAGUUCAUGUUUAAUUGGCAUUGUUUUAAUGUACCAUUUUUAUCAUGAAUAAAUCUUUUU